GAACAUAACACAUAGCCAUAUAUAAAUAUCACUCCUUCACUAUGCACUGUCUUCUCUUUUAGCUCUCUCUAGUGCUACUUCCGCAUACUCGUUUCUCUUGUCUCAUCCUCUCUGCCAUAUUAAAAACAGUCAGCAAUGGCAGUCACUUUCUCAGAUCUCCACACUGAAUCUGGCCUCAAGUCUCUUGAUGAGUUUCUUGCUGGAAAGUCUUAUAUUUCUGGAGAUCAACUUACAAAGGAUGAUAUAAAGGUAUACGCUGCCGUUUUGGAGAAGCCUGGAGCUUCCUUCCCUAACGCCAGCAAGUGGUAUGAAAGUGUUUCUUCACAUCUCGCCACAAGCUUUCCUGGGAAAGCUGUUGGAGUGAGAGUUGGUGGCAAAGUUGCUGCUGCUCCAGCUGAAGCUGCUGCCCCUGCUAAGGAGGCUGCUGCUGCUGGAGAUGAUGAUGAUGACUUGGAUCUCUUUGGUGAUGAAACGGAGGAGGAUAAGAAGGCAGCAGAGGAGAGAGAGGCAGCCAAAAAGUCUGCCAAGAAGAAAGAGAGUGGAAAAUCCUCUGUUCUUAUGGAUGUAAAACCUUGGGAUGAUGAGACAGAUAUGAAAAAGUUGGAGGAGGCAGUUCGGAGCAUUGAGAUGCCUGGUCUCCUGUGGGGAGCAUCGAAACUGGUUCCAGUUGGUUAUGGCAUCAAGAAAUUGCAGAUCAUGAUGACCAUUGUGGACGACCUUGUUUCUGUGGACUCCCUCAUUGAGGAGUAUCUGACUGUUGAGCCCUACAACGAAUAUGUUCAGAGCUGCGACAUCGUUGCCUUCAACAAAAUUUAAGAACAAAGCUUAUAUUCGACUGAUUCUAGUGUAGCCAUUUUGGCAUCUCUAAUCCUUCUUUUUUGUCUUUCAUUUUCUCUCUUUUCUUUUUCCAACAGUUUGAUGUGGUUUUGUUUUCUAGAUUUAUGAGAGUUGAAAAUAUGAAACGAUCAAGUUAUCUGGCCUCUGUGUUAAGGUAAAUGAUAUGGUAACAUGCAUAUUUCCCUUUAAA